UAGUUAACACAAUUAUUACUUUUUUUAUGUUACAUAAAACCCAACACUUUUUCAAUCAUUUCAUAAAAAAGCAAUUUGUGUUUCAAUUGUGUCGUAAUUUUGCAAAUUUAAUGGAUUUAAAAUAUUUGAGUCAAACAGAAGCAAUUAAAGUAGACGAAGAGCUCUUCUCGGAGUAUGGCUUUAGUGUGGAUCAGUUGAUGGAAUUGGCGGGUCUUAGUGUUGCUACAGCUAUAGCAAAGUCUUAUAGCAAUGUCUACGGAUGUGAUAACCCAACUGUCCUGAUAUGUUGCGGUCCCGGCAAUAAUGGUGGCGAUGGUCUCGUAGCCGCUCGACAUCUCAAACUAUUUGGAUUUGAACCGACAAUAUUUUACCCAAAACCUGGAAAUUCAGAUUUAUUCAAGAAUUUGGUCAAACAAUGCAACAAAUAUGACAUAAAGUUUAUACCAGAUUUGCCGCAACAAAGUCAACAAAUUAAAGACUCUUACAAUCUUAUAGUGGAUGCGAUAUUUGGGUUUAGCUAUAAACCGCCGCUAAGACCACAAUUUGCUGAAAUUUUAACCAAAAUUGUUGAAUCCAAAACAAAUGGUAUUCCUAUAAUUAGUGUUGAUAUACCCAGUGGUUGGCACGUAGAGGAGGGUCCACCUAAUGAUGGCACACCAAUUUUAAAGCCAGACUGUUUGGUUUCAUUGACGGCUCCUAAGAAGUGUGCCCAACAUUUUACGGGACAAUAUCAUUGGUUGGGCGGACGGUUUAUUCCUCCAGAGAUGGCUCAAAGAUAUUCACUUAAUUUAGUCAAAUAUCCAACGACUGAACAAUGCGUUCUUCUCAAUAAAAGAAAUUAAAUUAUUGAUUUGAU